AUGCUCACCCUGCAUGCAUGCCUCCAGCUGGACACGCAACCCCCUUUCCACCCUCACAACAGCGGCGACUCCAGCGGCCUGGUGUUCAGCCCCGACGGCACGCUCUUCGCGCUGACCACGCCGUCUGGCGUGGCCAUCCACGACACCGCGAGCCGGACUCUGCGCCAUGCCCUGCCCAGCCCCGGCACGCUGGCGGCCUCCUUCUCCCCCGAUGGCCGCUUCCUGCUGACCCAGGCCCGGCCGGCCAAGGACGUCGACCAGGACCGCAACCUGAAGCUCUGGGGGGUGGAGGACGGGGCCGUGCGCCUGGCCCUGCACCAGAAGCACUUUCGGCGCGAGGAAUGGCCGGCCAUCCGGUUUGGGGUGCGGGACGCGCUGGCCUACUACCAGGUCACCAGUGCCGUGCACGUCUACGACACAUCGGACUUCAGCAACGGCGUGACCCACCGCGUGCCCAUCAAGGGCGUGUCCAGCUUUGCGCCCAGGCCGUCUGGCGGCGGGGGCGCGCUGCUCGCCGCCUACUGCCCGGAGGCCAAGGGCAGCCCCGCCAGCGUGGGCCUCUACUCUGCCGAGCCGGGGGCAGAUGGGACGCCCAUCUGCCGCAAGAACUUCUUCCGGUCCAACUCGGCGCAGCUCCUCUGGAGCCCCAGCGGAUGUGCGGUGCUGGCACUGGCGGCGUCGGACGUCGAUGCCACCAACCAGAGCUAUUACGGGGAGCAGAAGCUCUACUUCAUGGCGUCCAAUGGCCAGAACGAGUGCGCUGUCCAGCUGCCAAAGGAGGGCCCCAUCCACGACGUCCAGUGGUCGCCCAAGGGCAACUUUUUCCUUGUGGUGGCAGGCUUCAUGCCCGCCAAGGUCAUUCUCUUCAACAGCGCGUGUGUCCCCAAGUUCGACCUGGGGUCUGGGCCCUUCUCCAUGGUCCGGUGGAACCCCUUUGGCCGAUACUUUGUGCUGGCUGGGUUCGGCAACCUGCCCGGCGACCUGGCGUUUUAUGAUAAGAAGGCGGAUGGCAAGUGCAAGCCCAUGGGGACCACUAGGGCCGAAAACGGCGUGGCGCUGGAGUGGUCCCCCUGCGGCCACAUGGUCUUGGUUUCCACCACCGCGCCCCGGCUGCGCGUCGACAACGGAAUUCAGGUCUUCCGGGCAGAUGCCGCCAGGCUGGCGGCCCGCCCCUAUCCCAUCCUGCUCCAGGCAGCGUGGCGGCCCGCCGCGCCGGGGUCGUUCUCCGACGCGCCCCUUCAAACACCAGGGGGUGCAGCGGGCGCCGAGCCGGCCUUGCCGCCCCCGCCGGCGGUCACAGGGUAUGUACCCCCGCACCUGCGCGGCAACCCUGCGGCCGCUGCCGCCGCGCGCUCCAAGUUCUCGCUGGCGCGGGAUGCCGAGGACAGAGGGGGCAAGAUCACCAACGGCGGGGUGGUGGGCGCCCCACCAGCGGCCGCUCGAAUGCAGCCGGCGCUUCCGCCCGGAGCCGAGGCCACACCGGAGCUGAGCAAAGCAGCGGCAAAGAAUGCAAAGCGGCGUGCGGCAGCUGCCAAGAAGAAAGCGGAGGAGGGUUUGGGCAAGCUAGCCAUUUGA